AUGGACAUCAACGUGGACAAUACGAAAUACACACUUUUUGGAACCUCUGACCCGAAUCCCCUUUCUCUUGAACUACGCGGUAUCCCCGUAGGUCCGGAGAAGGCGCCUAAACUCCUAGGCGUCACCUUCCAAAACUACCGUGGCAUGUCUACCCAUGUGGUUCAAACGAGACAACGCAUGAAUUUUAGAUUACUACAACUGGCGCCGAUCUCCUCCACCACAUGGGUACCGAAGCGUGACGUCCUUCGAGCCUUCUACCUGACACUAGUUCAAGCCCAGACACUCUACGGCUUUGAGGUCUGGUAUUGGGAUGCGGCUCCCACUUCACGCAAACUCCUAGAUGCAGGACAGAACAAAGCUUGCCGAACCAUAGCAGGUAUCCCAUAUGGAUGUCGCUCCGCCGACGCACUACGUGAAGCCUCUCUUCUCCCACUAGAGAUGACGGCCAUGAUUCGGAGCCUCAAAUAUUUAAUGCGAUGCCAAACACGAGGUGGAUCUCUCAAAGAAAGCGCAGAACAAGUUUAUCACGAAACCCAUCCAGUACGAGAAUUCUAUGAACGCACCAUAAAACUCUAUCCAACACUUGUUAUAGAGCCACGCGAGCCCCCAUUACUGACACCAACAUUACGGUUUGGUAAACACGUUCGCUUCUUCACAUCGCUGGAAAAUGUCUCAGCUGAUGACCCUGAAGAACAGAAAAGAGAAGCAUCCGAGCGUUGGAUA